UGACUGCCUCAAAAGAGGGAAAAUCUGGGUAUACUUUACCCACUUUUCUUUUUUUUCUUUUUUCCUUCUUUCUUUUUUUUUUUUUAAAGCUUUGACUUCAUUAUUUUGCUUGAGUUUUUUCCUUUACCUCCACAAUGUGUGUUAAUAUUAUUUAAACUUUCUUUUAGCUAAAGUAUAAGUCUUUUUCCUUUUAGAAUUCUACUUGCAAAACAAGUAAAACAGAUUUUAUAGACUGAGAUAAUAUCACCUACUGCAUUAUUUUUGGCUGCAAAAGUAGAAGAACAGGCUCGAAAACUUGAACAUGUUAUCAAAGUAGCACAUGCUUGUCUUCAUCCCCUAGAGCCACUGCUGGAUACUAAGUGUGAUGGGUUUGAGGGAUUGUUUUAUUUUGUCUUUUCUGAAGAGAGGAAUUUAAUUCUAAAAAAUAACGCACUGACCUACUGUGACAGUCAAGGAAUUACCACAUGAAAUAUCCUAGAGCUUACCUUCAGCAGACUCAAGAACUGGUUUUACUUGAAACCAUAAUGCUACAAACCCUAGGUUUUGAGAUCACCAUUGAACACCCACACACGGAUGUGGUGAAAUGUACCCAGUUAGUAAGAGCAAGCAAGGAUUUGGCACAGACAUCCUAUUUCAUGGCUACCAACAGUCUGCAUCUUACAACCUUCUGUCUUCAGUAUAAACCAACAGUGAUAGCAUGUGUAUGCAUUCAUUUGGCUUGCAAAUGGUCCAAUUGGGAGAUUCCCGUGUCAACUGAUGGAAAACAUUGGUGGGAAUAUGUGGAUCCUACAGUUACUCUGGAAUUACUAGAUGAGCUAACACAUGAGUUUCUACAAAUAUUGGAGAAAACGCCUAGUAGGUUGAAGAGGAUUCGAAACUGGAGGGCUAAUCAGGCGGCUAAGAAACCAAAAGUAGAUGGACAAGUAUCAGAAACACCACUUCUUGGUUCAUCCUUGGUCCAGAAUUCCAUUUUAGUAGAUAGUGUUACUGGUGUGCCUACCAACCCAAGUUUUCAGAAACCAUCCACAUCAACAUUCCCUGCACCAGUACCUCUAAAUUCAGGAAAUAUUUCUGUUCAAGACAGCCAUGCGUCUGAUAAUUUGUCAGUGCUAGCAACAGGAAUGCCAAGUACCUCAUACGGUUUGUCAUCACACCAAGAAUGGCCUCAGCAUCAAGAGUCGGCAAGGACAGAACAGAUGUAUUCACAGAAGCAGGAGACAUCUUUGUCUGGUAGCCAGUACAGCAUCAACUUCCAGCAGGGACCUUCUGUAUCACUGCAUUCAGGAUUACAUCACAGACCUGACAAAAUUUCUGACCAUUCUUCUAUUAAGCAAGAUUAUACUCAUAAAGCAGGAAGCAGUAAACACCAUGGGCCAAUUUCUGCUACUCCUGGAGUAAUUCCUCAGAAAAUGUCUUUAGAUAAAUAUAGAGAAAAACGUAAGCUAGAAACCCUUGAUCUGGAUGCAAGGGAUCAUUAUAUAGCUGCCCAGGUAGAACAGCAACACAAACAUGCACAGUCCCAGGCAGCCAGCAGCAGUUCUGUAACCUCUCCCAUUAAAAUGAAAAUUCCCAUUGCAAAUGCUGAAAAACCUGACAAAUAUAUGGCAGAUAAGAAGGAAAAGAGUGGAUCGCUGAAAUUACGGAUUCCAAUACCACCCACUGAUAAAAGUGUCAGUAAAGAAGAACUGAAAAUGAAGAUAAAAGUUUCUUCCUCAGAAAGACACAGCUCUUCUGAUGAAGGCAGUGGGAAGAGCAAGCAUUCAAGCCCGCAUGUUAGCAGGGACCACAAGGAGAAGCUCAAGGAGCACCCUGCCAGCCGCCACCACCCCGGUGGUCACAAGUACUCCCACUCGCACAGUGGCAGCGGCAGUGGUGGCAGCAAGCACAGUGCUGAGGGGGUACCACCCCCUGUGCUGAGGAGUCCUGUUGGCCUGAGCAGUGAUGGCAUUUCCUCUAGUUCCAGCUCUUCAAGGAAGAAGCUGCAUAUCAGUGAUGCCUCUCACAACCAUCACUCCAAAAUGAGCAAAAGUUCCAAAAGUUCAGGUAGUUCAUCUAGUUCUUCCUCCUCUGUUAAGCAGUAUGUAUCCUCUCACAACUCUGUUUUUAACCAUCCCUUACCCCCUCCUCCCCCUGUCACAUACCAGGUGGGCUACGGACAUCUCAGCACCCUCGUGAAACUGGACAAGAAGCCAGUGGAGACCAACGGUCCUGAGGUCAAUCACGAGUUCAGUGCACACAGCCAGCAUAUGGACUACAAAGACACAUUCGACAUGCUGGACUCGCUGCUAAGUGCCCAAGGAAUGAACAUGUGAUCACUUGUUUAGGUCCACUUUUCCUUUCCUUUUUUAAUUUAAAAAUGGUUAGAAUGGAAAACUUCCUCCUGAUCUAGCAGUGGUAACACCUGCUGUUACUGCCACUGCUUCAAUAUUUGUAAGUGCUGCUUUAUUCUUCAUUCUGAAAAGAAGAGAUUAUAGUAAACAAGUCUUUAUCUCCACAUAUGAUAGUGUUAUAAAUACUGUAAAAGCAUGGAAGGUGCAAAACUCAGUAUUUCUACAAUUGCAGCUAAGAACAUUAGGGUGAAUGGCUGGCUGCUUCUAGGAAUAUAAGAUGCCUCCAGCAUUUGUUUAUUUAUAAUUUGAAUACUGUAGCUAUUUUUUGUUGUUGCUUGGCUUUUGAAUGAGUGUAAAUUGUUUUCUUUUGUGUAUUUAUACUCGUAUGUAUGAUUUGCAUGUUUCAAUGAUAAAGGGAUAAAACAGUAUACUGACAACUGUUUACAAGAAAGUGGAGAAAAAUGUACAUACAUUUUUGUAUGUUUAGAUAUUACCAUAAAUACUCAGGAUUGGAGCUGCUUGUAAGUAUAACAAUAUACAGAAUAACUUUAUUUUAUCUUGUCAGAGUCCAUCACUAAUCUAAAACAAAGGUGGCACUUUUUCAUGUUAACCUUAAACUCUAGGCCUUACUGGAAGCCACUGAAGGGGGACACUUCACUACCAGAUGGGUAUGCAGUGCCACAGAUGGUCAUUUACACUGUGAGGCACUGAUUCUGCCUUCAGAGGUUCUGACCAGAUUGGCUGCUGAAAUAGCCCCUAAUUUUCUGAAGGCUUGAAGAGGAAAAAAUAAAGUUUACAUACUCUUGAUGUGAAGUGCAUUUAAGUGUUUGUUGGCUUGUUGCAGUACUAUAAACACAGAGCUGUUAAUAAUGGUUAUGUAGAUGACUGUGAUUUGAAAACUAAAUUCACAAAAACUUACAUUAGUAAAGAAUUAGUAAGUCUUUUUCUUAAAUAGAGAACUUGAACACUACGUAUCUGAACAGUAAACAGGAAUCGCUUGUCCUUCAGCGUUCAGAAGGACACCGUGUUCUGAAACAUACUUCUCCCCUGAAGCGCGUUUGUGUGUGAUGCCGUAUUUCUUUUUCAGGUAAAUGCAGUCUUCCGUAUAAAAACAAAAUUAAACUUAUUGCUCUUCAGUUCUUUUAUAUUCUAACAAUAAAUAAAACAAAAAGAUCAUUGACUGUGCAUUGUACCUGUAUUUAUAGCUUAUGGUUGUUAACAGGAAGCUCACUGAGAAAAAAAAAAAGGUAAGCCUCCAGGUAAACAGCUAGUGGAGGUUUUACAUUUGUUUGCACAUCUCAGUAUAUUCCUGUUGAAGUCAAGUUUGCACAGUCUUCUGACUUCGGAACAAAUGAUAGACUUUAACUUGUUUAAAAUUUGUCUUAAAUGCCGGUAACGUGGCUCUGGUUUAUCAGCUAAUCUUCAAUUCUGUGGUAAAUCUUUGGGCUGUUGAGUAUCUUUGAGAUAGGUUGAAUUCAACUUCUGUUGAAUUGAAAACUGUCUUAAUUUUUCCUCUAUGUAUAUGAAUUAUUUUUGUUACAAAGCCACUGAUAUGUGCACAAUUGUAAUUUUACUCAAGUAUGUUGCAGUUGUAAAUAUUAGAGAGUUUAAUCUCGUGCUCUACUCUUAUUUAGCAAUUACCUGAUCUGCCAGUAGCUUUAUAAUUUUUUUUUUAAGAUAAUUGUUCAUUAUUUUGUCAAUGUUAUUUGAACUUAGGAUACUAGGAUCCUCUUUCUAGGGACUUUGCCUAGCUAGCAUGUCCUAACUUUGUUCUUGUCUGGCAUAACUUUAGUAAUCUUUGUCAUCACAUGUAACUUUGUUACUCUGUAUGGCAUAUUAUUGUAUCCAUAAACAUGGUAAUUUUGAUACAGUUAUACUUUUACAGUGGUACAUAAUCCAAGGACUAGUAUAGAAUUAAGAUGAGUGCAAGAUGAGGGAGGGAAGGGUUUUGUUCUUGGUAAUUUAGAUGUGAAACCUCUAAGGAGCUAUCAUGUGAAACGACGUAGGGUGGUUGUGCUACUGUAUAAUUGGGUUGAUAAUACCAGGAAUUUUAAUAAGAUUUUGUAAAGAAUAUGCAGAAAAGUAGUGAACUUAUUUUCAGUAUGACAUAGAAAACAAUGUGAAUAUUUAAGGUCUGUGACUAUACUUCACUAAGAAUUUGCAGAAUUGUUUUGAGAUGUGAGAAUAAAGGUAAUUUUGUUGAAUCUUUAUUGGUGCUAAUGAUGGACAGUUAAAAAGGUAGCUAGUGUAUAUUGUUAUGGGUCAGUACUUAUUAGUACUUCCAAAAUUGAAUUUGAAAUGCUAUGUAUUCACUUUUCACUCUGUAAAUGUAAUUCUUUACAAUGACUUUAUUUAUUAAAGGGCAGCCAGUUGUAAUUUUUACAGGAUUGUGUGAGCUAUUCAAACUCUUCAACCUCUGAACAGGAUAUUAGCUUCCGUAAACCACAAUGGGGAUAAAAUAUGGAAUUUCUUUUAGGUUUCGUUUCCAUUAAAUGAGAACCCUUAUAAUUCAUAUUGCCAUGAAUUUAACCAUCUCAUUUGCAUAAAGUAGUUCAUCAGCCUGGUCCCAAUAGGCUCAACCAAAGAAAAAGACUCCAAUGAAUGGACAUUAUUACUGAGUCUUCUUGUAAGUAGCCAUAAAUAAACCAAAAUAGUAUCAAAUUUAGGUAUGAAAUUCCACAUGUGCAAAGUACUGUUAAGGUGAUACAUUUUUGAUGAGAUUUUUAAAAAUAUUUGAACUAUUAAAAAGCAUUAUCUUUAAACGUC